CCGAUCGAGUGACACGCCAGCCAGACGCUACAAGGCAGACGCUGAAUUUGUGUUUUUGGUGAAGAAGUUGUGAUUUCGGCGAUAGAGAUUAAGGAUUAGCCGAAACUGUAGUGAAGAGUACGGUGAGACAUUCGCGCAGAGAACAUCCGCCAAGCAGUUAGCAAUGAAAAUGAAAGUUCUGAUAAUCUUACUUCCCCUGACGAUCGCCUCUACGAUGGCCAUAACCACAUCCCCGAUUCGAAACCCCAACGGCGACAACCGACUGGAUCCGACGGCAACCAGUCGAAAGGAAAAGCGUGGUAUUUUUGGCUUCGGAGGGUACGCUCCGGCAGCACCGAUUUACGGACACGCUUUCGGUCAUGCACACGCCAUACCGGCGGCUCUUCCUGCACCCGCGCCCCUUCCGGUGUUACCGGAUCCGGAUGGUCUUGUGGUGCCGGCGUCUGGACCACUAGGUGGUCCCUUUCUAGGAGCGCACGCUCACACGCACACUGUGGUCACGAAGAAAAUCGGAGUUCCCAUCCCACAGCCGUAUGCUGUUCCGGUUGACAGACCGUUUCCGGUGCCGGUCAAGAUUCACGUACCAGUGCCGGUGGAUCGUCCCUACCCGGUUGCCGUUCCGAAACCGUUUGCCGUCCCCGUGGAUAGGCCCUAUCCGGUUCCGGUGGAUCGGCCGUACCCAGUGCCGGUGGCUCACCCGGUGCCGGUUCCCGUUGUUAAACACGUCGGGGUGCCAGUGCCCGCACCCGUUCCAGUGGCCAUUCCUAAACCUUUCCCCGUUCCGGUACAUGCUCAUGUGGUCGGUCCGGAUCCGUGGGCAGCUGCUAAACUGUGGUAAGCGGCUAUAGGCAGCAGCUAGUCUUGCUUCGAGCGCUACAAAGCUAGAUUAUAAAACUUGCAAAUAGUACAAGAUUGGUUGGUGAUGGUAAGAAGUACCAAAUUCACACAAGAUAAUUGUAGAUAAAUGUAAGAAAUGAAAAUGUAUUUAUUGUGAAUUUAUUCUAAUAAAAA